UAGUAUGGGCGGGACCGUACGCGUAAGGUAAAACUGCUAAACUGUACAUUCUAUCUGUUUGGGGUGAAAAUAAUUCGGCGGUAAAUGUUGCUGUAAGUUGCGUGUAUGUCUAAGGUAAAACAAAUAAUUCGGCGUUGGAACGCUUAUAAAUACCGCUUUUUACCGUGGCUGGCACUAAACCUGAAACGAGGAGAUAUUAUUUCAGUAACGGAAAAUAAACUGACCUCUGACGAAAACAUUUUAGAACAGUUACAGGUGAUUUUCAGUGCUUUAGAAAAGAAUCAAGAGACAGGCCUCAAUGCGAACCAUGUUGUAGAAAAUGUUUGCGGGUUUCAGAUAGCGCAAAAGUCAAGCAGUAUAAAAGAAGCUGGUACUGGUGUGUUUGUAUCCAAAGGAACUGUAAGUAAAGGCCAAGUUGUUGCUUUAUAUCCCGGAACUGUUUACUUGCCGGCCGAUUCAAAAUUUUUCCAAUCUCUUGGUAAUCAGUUCAUGUUCAAGUGCUUGGACAAUCUGUAUAUUGAUGGGAAAGACAGUGGUAUUUCAAAAUCUGUUUUUACCUCCUGUUCGAAUAGAGACAGAAUUGGUUUCCUUGAGGCUUGCGAUAUAAGUUGGAUAAAAAGAAGCUUUGCAUGCCCAUUAAACGUUGGUCAGUAUGUAAAUAAUCACAACAAAUCAAACCCAGCGAAUGUGCAAUAUCAGGAGUUUGAUUUUGCUCAAGAUUUUCCCAGAAAUCUUUAUAGAUUUAUUCCGAACAUAAACUUUGAUUGCACGGCUCAACUUAACUUUGUUAGAAGUGUUGCACUGAUUGCGACAAGAGACAUUCAUAGUGGAGAAGAACUGCUUUCAAGUUACUUUACUAUAUCACGUUAACGAUCGCUAUUAAAUUCCCUUUGUAGAAGACAGGAGUUACACCAUGCGAUUCCCAUUUUGCGCACUCUUAUCUGUUAACAUGGCUGUAUACAAUCUUUAUCGCUGUGUGGUACCAUGCAAGUUGUGGAGAGUUUUGCCAACUCUCUUAAAAACAAGUUUAGGCACAAGGAGAUUUUGUAGCUCCAGUCAACCACCUCCUUCACCCAUGGGAACUUGUUGUAUGAGCGGAUGCGCCAACUGUAUAUGGAUUCAACACGCUGAAAAACUGAUGAAAUUUUAUAAAACUUCAGAUAAAGGGAAAGAAGAGGCACUUAAGCUAAUAGAUGAACAAGUUGAAGAUGGAAACUUGAAAGCCUAUUUAAAGUUUGAGAUUAAAAUGAUGAAAUAAAACUUCAAGUUAUAGUUAAUGUUUCAACAAAAAUUUAACUUUCAAAAAUAAAAAUUUUUAAAGCAUCACCUCAAUUUUAACAAUUAUUUUGCUUAUUUGUACAUGCGUUUGUAUGUUUCAAUUAAAAAUUUAUUGCUGUAGGAAAUGUUAAAGUUCUUUUUUAUAUAGUGCUAUAACAAAACAAAUAACAAAAGACUCAAUUGUUUAUUUGAAUAUAUUUACUAUUUAUUGACUUUCAGUGACGUGUUGUCACAUAUCAUUUAAAUUGAUUGCUGUAGGAAAAGUUCUUUCUUUUAUAUGAUACUAUCUAUCAGAAAUAACAAAAAAUCCAUAUAGAUAUAUUUAUUAUUGAUUAUUUAUGUUCUAUUUUCUUGAGUAUUGGUAUUGAAUCUUUUGUCUAAUUUCCUUUUCUUAUUAUUAGUACCAUGACAAGUUAAAAAAGAUAAUUCAAUUGUUUUAUAAAUAUUUACUAUUUAUUAACUUUUUGUCCACUUUCUAUACAG